AUGCGAACCGGUCGCUGUGUGUCGCCAGCUCCUCUGGCGAGUAGUAGCACUGAUGUGGGACCACGGGCGCCACGCCGGUCUGGCAUCUCGCGGUCCGAUUUGUGCGGCUGCGGCUCGGUGAGGGGGCUGGAGAUGGAAUUGGAUUUCUGGCCGUACGAUCGCCAUCGUGCGGCUCACCCUCAGCUCGAUGCGAUUCCUCUGCUCUCCGCUGUUCCGUUCGACUUCUGCUCGCUGCCUCUUCCCUUUCCCGAGUUCCAUCUUCCUCUUCACUGGUACUACCAAGGACAUCUGCCUCCUCCCUAUGAGAGGGGUCGCUGCGCUCCUCCUGGUCGAUAUCUUCGAUUAUCCUUCUUAAAGCCUGUCGUCCCGCCACCUGGAAAGCAUUCUCUGGUCCGCCCCCCACACGACUCGCUGCUCCUCCCCCGCAGCCUCUACCCCGUCCACUCCGCAAUGGUGAUCGAAGGCUGGCUUGAGCCAGAGCGUGUUGUCGUUGCGUCUGCGGGUUCCGGUAGGUCGCCGGCAGUGUCUGGCUCGGUGACUGUCUCGAAGAAGCCGCCAUUGCCGUCUGCACUGAAAACGCCUCCCUCCGUGCUGGAGCCCCUGAAUCCGCCAGCGCCGGCUCCACCUGCCGCAGGGCCUCAUCCUCCCGCUGCGGCUGCUCCUCACGCGCACGCUCCUGCGGGGCCUGCUCCCGUUGUCCGUGUUGCUCUUGUUGCUCCCGUUGAGUCUCCAGUUCCCGUUGUCGUUGUUGAUGCCCCCCCGGGCGCCCUGAUCCUCGAUGCGCCGCAUGUCUCUGUCGCCCUGCCUGCCCCGGUUGCUGCUGUUGGUUCGUCACCGCACGCGGUGUCCGCCACCACUGGCGGCCCGGGGCCGGGGGAGGUGGGGGGGGGCGUUCCGCUGUCGGCUCCCGUCCUACCGACUGCGGCGACAUCGGUGCCGCCCCCGGACGUCCAGGCGGUUCCUGAUCCUGCGCCGCUCACUGCUGGCUCAGCGUCAGCCUCAGCCGUUCCCCCUCCCCCAGCUCCCUCUGCAUCUGCCGCUGCUCAUGGGAACCGGAUGCGCCUGCCGUGGGUUCCUCCUGUGGCGGGUAUGGAGUUUGUGACCGCGGCUGGGGGACCAGUGACGGGGCAGUAUCCCUCCCUACUGCCUGUUGCUCCUGCUCCUCCGGCCGCAUCGGUGCCAGUACAGUCACUGGUGGGGCCCACUCCGUCAGUCGUGGUGCCGGAGGCGUCGCUGGGGCAGCUAUGGCGCCUCUCUGAGGGUCUGCGGGCAGUGCACCUGAUUCAGGUAUAUGGUCACGCGGCUCUCUCCCAGGGUGUUCAUCUGGACCCUGGCCCCCGGGACGAGUGCCUGGAUGCCGCGGAUCGGCUGGCCGAGCUCCUGGCGCCCGUGUUGGCUGCGCCCGCGCAGGGUGGAGUUGCGGGCGUUGGACAGCUGGGGACGGCGGUCCGUGGUUUGCGCUGGUUUUUGCGCGCGGACUCUGCCGGCGACUUGAUCGGCGCAAGGACAGUGGUGGUGCGCGAGCUUCAUCGUUCUCUGACGGGUCUUCUCGCCUUCCUUGACGCGGAUCAGAUGUAG